AUGUCCCGCAAAGCGCCCAAAGGCGAAUAUAUUGAAACCGACACCGGUAACAAAGUCUCCCGUCGUUCCCAAAUAAUCGGCACAACGAACAUUAUCCUCGGUGGUAAAACGGUAAUUCAAGCAGAAGUCAUCAUCCGCGGUGAUUUAUUACGCACAUUACCUCCUAGUACCCAAGGAGAGAAAGCGGGAAACGCAGUUGCGGUUGCGAUUGGGAGAUACUGUUUUUUCAGUCGCGGGUGUGAGUUGAGACCGCCGGGGAAGAUUUACAGAGGAACUUUCUCGUACUUUCCCCUCAAAAUCGGCGACCAUGUUUUCGUAGGACCCGGCUCGAUAAUCGAAGCUGCGAUGCUUGGGAAUCAUGUUCAUAUUGGUGCGAAUGUUGUGGUGGGAAAGUUUGUGAUAGUGAAGGAUUUUGUGAAGAUUUUGGAGGGGACGGUUGUUCCGCCUAAUAUGGUGAUACCUAGUUUUAGUGUGGUGGGAGGGUGUCCGGGGAGGGUUGUGGGGGAGGUGGCGGAGGGGGAGAUUGAGGGGAUGGAUUUGAGGGAGAUUUAUAGGGCGGUGAGGAAUUAA